AUGACGGAGCUCCUCAAGACUGCACAAGACCGGCUGGAUGACGAGAAGGAAAAAUGGAAAGGUAGGAAAAAAAUAAUGCUCUCGUUUCAGAAUUUCAAGAAGGCGAUAUGAUAUUACAGAGGUUGGAAAAUGCGAAAACAGCGAGGCCCCAUAAAUUCACGCCAAAAUUCGUAGGGCCGUUCAACAUCCUGGAGGUGCCACCACCAAACGCUAUCAUCCAAGCGGACCCAAAAAUAUGCAUACAUAUAUGACAAAGUUGAAGCGUUACUUUGAAAAAUGACGUGUGGUUUCUGCAGGCGACUACCUUCAACAACUUCUACCUGAAAGUUCUUGGCCUUCCAAGUGGAAGGUUGCUGAUGUGGAAUGCGGGUAGUCGAUGCUAUUCGUUCCCAUUGGAUCAACACGAGAAAUAAAGAGCGAUUCACGUGAAUUAAUGAAUUUAUCGAGAAUAGCAAACAAUUAGAAUAGAAAAAGGCAAUAGCACUUCAAUUCAGCAACAACUCACAACUCAACUACAAUUUCACACCUCAACAUGGGAUAAAACCUGAGAGAAGCUUACGGUGUCCUGGUUCAGUCGCUUCGCUUCUCUCGAUCGAACAUUCUCGAACUUCCGAGAAAAACAGCUGGGAAACAGUUGACACGAGGGACAUCUCUCUCUCCAUAAAUUCCAUCGAGUUGACACAUCGUGGAAAACUGCAGUUUCCGUGGAAUCUGACGGAUGUGAUUUUCGAUUCCACGGAGUGCUCGUUAUUUUCCCGACAGACUGAUCAUACUAUAAAUGAGUUUGUUUUUUUCGCCCCAAGCUAGAUAUGAAUGCCAAUAAAGGUGUGGCCAUCCGUCCGGAAGGAGUUCUUGACUCAGCAGAACUUGAUUAAUUUGAUAUUAAUCGCUUCCGAUGAUAAUUUUUUCAAUAAAAACGUUUUUGAAUUGACUUUGUUUAGCGAUAACAUUUUUUACGGCGAUGAAAAAAUUUUUAUUGCUUUUUCUAAUUUUUACUGUGUCUAAAUGCAGUGAUAUUAAUGUAGAAACGGAAAAAACAGUUUUGCUGGGCAUUGACACGGUGAAAGCGUUGGAUGCAGACGUUGUGAAAUGUCUGCAACAUGAGGAAAUCAAUUUUGUGAUCUUUCGUCUGGCCCAAAAUGGGAAAAAUGAUCAAAUUGGCCUGAAUAAUAUGAAAAUUUCCAAGUCAGGUAAGGUUUUUUAAAUCAGUUUAAAUUCUGGAUUUCAACUACGAUUUAAUUUUUUUCCAGCCCGGUUACCGUUCUACGCUUACAUCGACCCGAAUCCGUACGCCGAUGGCGCCGUUCAGUUGAAUGAAGCGCUCGAUUUUGCAGCCCAAAACGACAUAAAAUUACAAGGGAAGUCGUUCAUAUCGCAAAUGAUUUGA